CCAGUUCUGCACUCGCUGCGCUCCAGUUCAGUCAGCAGUCUCUCAACUCCAACUUUACGCUUCGUUUCAGACGCAUGCAACUGACCGUCCGCAACCAAACGACAGGGAUUUAAAAAAUUAGAUAACAGAGGAUUAUCAUGGCAAGCUUAAAUAAAACAUGCAUCUGAUCUGUGCAAGCACAGGUAACGCGGAGAUGCGCAGCGGCAGGUGAUGUGGGUGCUGAAGCUGCGCGGAUCAACUGGUCUCCAAGUGGCGCUCAGAACCUCCGGUAGAACUUUUUACACGAUGGGUUUUCAUUAUAGGAGUAGAAAUUAUGAAGUUAGAGGACUAUCUGCUAAGUCUUUAUGACAAUUUCCCUAUUAGUCUCUUUUUAGGCAUUUACUGUUUAUUAAACGCAGCUUUGCAAAUUAACAAAUGGCUCGUUUCAAAGCGCACACCGAGUAUUGCCUAUUGCAGCGCGUUUUGAAACUUUUCUAAGAGAUUUAGCGAGAACACUUGCCCUCAUCGAGUUAAUCCGGAUCCCGUUGGCUCGUAUGGGACUGAGGCACUCAUCGCGGUGUCUGCUCCUGCGGAGAAAGAUGGCGGAGGCGGAGAGCACGGAGCAGCAGCAGCAAAAACACAAACAACCUCAGCAUCAGCAGCAGCAAAGUAUUUCCAGCAUCCCCUCGUCCCAGUCCCUACAACCAUCUCCACUACCAAAACCAGUGACCUCAGUUCGUCAUGUCCCUCCUCACCCUCCACACACGCCACACGUCUCUGCCCUGUCUGCCUGCCCCGGCCGAGGGAAGAUGGCCAAACUGCUCAACCCAGAGGAGAUGACGUCACGAGAUUACUAUUUCGACUCGUAUGCCCACUUUGGAAUUCAUGAGGAAAUGCUAAAGGAUGAGGUGAGGACGCUGACUUACAGGAACUCCAUGUAUCACAAUAAACACAUCUUCAAGGAUAAGAUCGUUCUGGAUGUGGGCAGCGGAACUGGAAUCCUCUCCAUGUUUGCUGCCAAGGCAGGAGCCAAGCAUGUGUACGGGAUCGAAUGCUCCAGCAUAUCAGAAUAUUCAGAGAAAAUCAUCAAGUCCAAUCAUCUGGACAGCGUUAUUACGAUCAUUAAAGGCAAGGUGGAGGAGACUGAACUGCCUGUGGAUCAGGUGGACAUCAUCAUUUCCGAGUGGAUGGGUUACUGUCUGUUCUACGAGUCCAUGCUCAACACCGUCAUCUAUGCCAGAGACAAAUGGCUGAAACCUGGUGGUUUCAUGUUUCCAGACAGAGCGACAUUAUAUGUGGUUGCCAUUGAAGAUAGACAGUACAAAGACUUCAAAAUACACUGGUGGGAAAACGUCUAUGGAUUUGACAUGACGUGCAUCCGAAAUGUUGCCAUGAUGGAGCCCCUGGUGGACAUAGUAGAUCCUAAACAAGUCGUUACCAAUUCCUGCCUUGUUAAGGAGAUGGACAUUUACACAGUGAAGACGGAGGAUUUGUCGUUCACCUCAGCUUUCUGUCUGCAGAUUCAAAGAAACGAUUACGUUCAUGCUCUCGUUACGUAUUUUAACAUCGAGUUCACCAAGUGUCACAAGAAGACUGGCUUUUCUACUGCCCCAGACGCACCCAGCACUCACUGGAAGCAGACAGUGUUUUAUCUGGAGGAUUAUUUAACUGUGCGCAGGGGAGAGGAAAUACUGGGCAGCAUCACUGUGAGGCCCAAUGAGAAUAAUGAGCGUGACUUGGACUUCACCUUUGAGUUGGAUUUCAAAGGACAGCUCUGCGACGCCGCCAUCUCUCACGACUACAAAAUGCGGUAAAACCCUUGCAGCAUCCUAAAGCUGGGAUCAUGUUUCCCAGAGCGAUUCGGCAGAGGUCCCGCCUCCGCCUGUGUCUGGAUAAAAGAGGCUGCUGAACGGCAGGAAACCUCUGUGAUGUCAUCAGUGCCAGUCCAGCACUAAAAGCAAUAGUGUCAUCACAUGUCACGUUCUUAAAUGCACAUAGAGGAUAGACUGUGAAAAAAACAUCACUCUGAAUGUAACCGCUAAUGAGUCUGAGAAUGUCAAAGUCUGUGUUUAUUUCACCUUUAAAGAUAGGGGAAGUGUUACCGAACAGUAUAUAACGCCAAUGUGGAAUCGUACUAUAGUGCCUCGUUGAAAAGGCUUCAGUUUGGGUGCGUACAUGAAAACAGCAUGAAUGAAUGUUCUGCUUAUAUUUAAGUGCUUUUAUUGUGUUAUAUUUAUUGGGUUAGUGUCGAGUCGUUUAAUAUAGUGACCGCUGGCAUGUUUUAUGCUUUGCUUAUUAUUUAAAUUCACUCACUAAGAUCCUCUAAGAGCAGCUAGACUGUUUUAAAUCAUCAGGAUUUGUUAAUUUUAGGACAAACUAGAUGUGUUUUAACUUAAGAGUAUUUUUGGUUUCGUGUUCUGUCAGGUCACUGUCACAUACUACCUGUUGAAGACACUCUGAUUGAGUUAAAGUUAGUUUUAUAUUCGCACAUUCGUCCAGUUUUGAACAGUAACAGCUUGUGACUUAUUUAAUUACACUAUAUUCGGUCUGAAAUCACAUCUAAGUGUAGCAGAGGACAGCUAGUGAAGUGUUGUGCAGGUAAACCUCACUCCUGACCUAAUAGGUGCUCUAGCGACAGACGCUAGAGGCUGUGGUCUUUAGCCUCCUUGUUAGAGCAACCGACUCUCAUGCAGAAAGUCUUCGGUUCGAUCCCAGCUUGAAGCGGGUUGAGUGGUGUAGGAUCGGUGGGGUUACAUAAGUAUGACUUCAAUACAACAUUAGCACUAUUUAAUUGACUGUGAACAAUGUUUGAUAGUCAUACAUUUAUUUUCCCUCAGCUUAAUCUCUGAUUUAUCAGAGGUCACCACAGCAGAAUGAACCGCCAACUAUUCCAGCAUAUGUUUUAUGCUGGAAAUAUCCUAAUCUGAUUUUUUUUAGCCUGACUUGGACUUCGCCUUUGAGUUGGAUUUCAAAGGACAGCUCUGCGACGCCGCCAUCUCUCACGACUACGAAAUGCAGUAAUCUCUCAUCUCAAAAUUUCUUUCAUCUCUGAUUUAUCAGAGGUCGCCACAGCGGAAUGAAUCGCCAACUAUUCCAACAUAUGUUUUAUGCAGCGGAUACCCUUCCAGCUGCAACCCAGUACUGUAAAACACCUAUACACUCUCACAUUCACACACACUCAUACACUACGGCCAAUUUAGUUUACCCAAUUCCCCUAUACUGCAUGUCUUUGGACUAUGAAGGAAACCGGAGCACCCGGAGGAAACAUGCAAACUCCACACAGCAAUGCCAACUGACCCAGUCGGGACUCUAACCAGCGACCUUCUUGCUGUAAGGUGACAGUGCUAACCACUGAGCCAUCGUGCCGCCACAUUAAGAUAGUCAUUGGCUGCUAAUAUGAUUUCCCUAAUUUUCUGAAUAGUAAUAAUAAUGAAUAAUAAAUGAUAAUAUUAAUGGGAAAGUCUGAAUGUGCGAAUAUAAAACUGAUUUGAGUAAAAACAAGAGCAGUUGAGAUGAAGACAGCGAACGAGGCACAAAAUGUUUCACUUAAUUUAGCCAAUGUUUUUUCUCCUCUUCAAUAAUCUAUGUUGAAGAUUUUAGUGCUUUAUUUUGUCGUCAUCUUCUAAACUGCUCUGAAAAUGGUUCCUGGAAACACUUGUUGUUCACAAAGAUUUACCGGUCAGUUUGAAAUCCAAGUUUCGUGAUGCUAGCAAGAUUUGAGAGGAUUUUAAUGAGGCUAUAAUGUGAUGAAUAAAUGGGAAGUAUCAAACAA